AUGGAAACAUCGGCUUCAUCAUCUAAUGACUCACAACUACCAGUGUGUAUCAUUGUUCUUGGAAUGGCUGGAUCUGGGAAGACAACUUUCGUCAGGAAACUUGUUGAGCAUCUUAACACUGCUGGAGACUCUAAGCCUUACGCCAUAAACUUAGAUCCGGCAGUUUACCACGUCCCCUAUCAUACUAAUAUAGAUAUCCGCGACACUGUAAAAUUCAAGGAAGUAAUGAAACAAUAUGGCUUUGGUCCGAAUGGAGCAAUUAUGACUUCGUUGAAUUUCUUUGCCGCACGUUUUGAUCAAGUACUAAAACUUAUUAACAAAAAUGCUGCUCACGUACGGUACGUGGUAAUCGAUACGCCCGGUCAGAUCGAGGUUUUCACUUGGUCUGCUUCAGGAAUGAUCAUAACGGAGGCAUUGGCCUCAUCAUAUCCCACUAUGGUUGUUUAUGUAAUGGAUACUCCACGGUGCCACAACCCUGUCACUUUCAUGUCAAAUAUGCUCUAUGCCUGCAGCGUCUUGUACCGGAUGAAGUUACCCUUUAUUUGUGUUCUCAACAAGACGGAUAUAAUCGACUGCGAUUUCGCCGUGGAAUGGAUGCGUGACUUUGAGGCCUUCCAAACAGCCUUGGAUGCUCAGCGGGCGGCAUCAGGAGACGGAAUGGACGCAGCCGAUGGGCCCUGUGUGGACAGCGACGUCUCUCAAUACAUGACUAGCCUCACGAGUUCCUUAGCUCUGGUCUUAGACGAAUUUUACAACGAUCUGAGAAGCUGUGGUGUCUCCUCUGUGACCGGCGAGGGCCUCCCUCACUUUAUGGAACUGGUCAAAAACGCAACGAAUGAGUAUUUCAAUGAGUAUCUGCCGACACUGCGGGCCAAAAAGGCGACAUGCAAGUCCCAAAAAUCCCUCCUCAAUCGUCAUUCAGACGGAGUGAACGACCGUUGGAAUGAAGAGGUGGACAGCGAUGAUGAUGAGGAUGACGAAGACUCUCCAACGAGAUGCGCGAAGCCAAUGCUUGUUGACUUGGUGGGCCAGGACGACAAUGCAGAAUCUGAUCCGCUUGUCCACUUGGAUGGAAUCGAGGAAAAGCCAGAUAGCGAUCUGCAAAUUGACGGUUCGUUUACACUCUUUUCGCGAUUCCACUUUGCCUUGCACCUAGUAGUUAGAUAUUCGCUUCUUUAA